AUGGCCGGGGAGAGCACAGAUACGGCAUUAGCCUACCAUGAGCCGUCAAUAUCAACACUACUAAACCAGGCUGGGUUUCUGGUGGUUUUGAACCUUGUCAACGUCUGCCUUGACAAACUUCUUUACUGUGGACUCAUCGGACAGCUAUUCAUCGGCAUCUUGUGGGGCACCCCUGGUGCGAAAUGGCUCGAUCGCGGUGCAGAAACCGUCAUUCAACAGUUAGGGUAUCUUGGGUUGAUCAUGCUCGUAUAUGAGGGCGGUCUGUCAACCUCAAUCAAAUCAGUGAAAUCGAACCUAAUGGUUUCGCUUUGCGUUGCGAUCACUGGAAUUGGAGUCCCCAUGGGUCUGUCUUUUAUUCUCAGGGAGCUUGUUGGAGCAAACUCACUACAGGCAUUUGCCGCAGGAGCAGCUCUUAGUGCGACAAGCCUCGGAACCACUUUCACGAUUCUGUCUACGACAAAAUUGAUCUCAACACGCUUGGGUACAGUGACAACCAGUGCUGCAAUGCUAGAUGAUGUCGUCGGUCUCGUGAUGGUCCAAAUCAUCACAAAUCUUGGAGGAAAUGCUUCAUCUUUCGAUGCAGUGACUGUUAUCCGACCUGUCUUCGUGCCGAUCUUCAUUAUGAUUCUCUCUGCCGAACCUAGAAUUCCCGAUUUCAUGCGAACCAUGGAAUUUGCAUUCUUGUACCAAACAGCUUACUUGGUGGGAACAGUUGCUGGUGCCACUUACGCAGGCACGUCAAGCCUCUUUGCGGCCUAUCUCGCAGGUGUCACCGUUACAUGGUUUGAUGACUUGAUUAAAGAGUCCAGGAUGCCACUUGGAACUGGGACUGGAGAAACUACACCGACAGAGCCAGAUUAUUCAAACAGUCAAUCCCAAGACAACAACCACCGUCAUGUCAGCACCCAGACCCAAUCCUCGAAUGAAUCUUCCCCAAGCGCACAGGAUAGCGAAGCCCCAACCGGCGAAAAGGUCUACGAGAAGUAUUACAAGCAGCCAGUCACUCGGAUCCUGACACCCUUAUUCUUCGCCUCGAUCGGGUUUGCGAUUCCUAUCACAGAGAUGUUCAAGGGAAGUGUAGUUUGGCGUGGAUUUAUCUACUCUCUUCUGAUGAUGCUGGGGAAAAUGAUUACCGGACUUUGGCUAGUCCGAUUCUCGUUACACCCCGUCUCAAACAUCGCAGCGGGAUUGAAAAACACUCUCGGCCGUAUCCGUCUCAUCUGCAGACCGGCAAGACGCGACGAAAAGAAAAACGAACAACCGAAUACCACGGGUCAGGUUCGCGUUGAGUCAUCCGAAGGCUAUUCAGACACCUCGAGUAACCAACAAGACACCAAGAACUUAAAGAGCAAGGGACGCGGCUCUUCAACUCGUCAGGAUUCUACCAUUCAGGCUGGCAGCCGGGGCGAACCUCAGACAUCAUCUCCGGAACGAAGCUCAACAGCGACAUUCCCGCCAAAGCCAAAAUCGUUGUACCCGCCUUCGAUUCUCGGGUUGGCAAUGGUUGCAAGAGGCGAGGUCGGUUACCUCAUUGCAUCUCUCGCACAAAGCCAAGGGAUGUUCGAAAACAGUUCUUCUAGUGGUACGUCUGAAAUUUACCUGGUCAUCAUCUGGGCGAUCUCCAUCUGUACCCUUGUUGGACCGAUAUGUGUGGGGACUCUCGUCAGGCGCGUGAAAAGGCUACAAGAGACGCGAGGAGAGUCGGGCCCGGAUCCCUUGGGGGUAUGGGGCAUUUAA